AUGCACAGAACGUGUGCGCAGUCAGUAGGAAUAAACAACAUCAGCCAUGCUUCCUUUCACGAGUUUUACAACCAUGCACACAACGCACGACUCUUCACUCUGGCGGGCAUUUGCGUUAGUAGACAUGGUGGAAAGCAUUCAGGAAGUAUGGGUCAUUGGUUAAUACAGUCGACUGAUAACUCGAACCCUCGCUUACUCGAACCUCGCGCUUACUCGAACCAAAAUCGAUUUCCCCUGGUUUUCCCUCAUACAUUUACUGUAAUUGUACCCUCGGUAACUCGAACCCUCGCUAACUCGAUCCUCCCGCUAACUCGAAGUAAUUUUUGUUUCCCCACAGAUCAUUUCUAUAUAAUGUUACCCUCGAUAACUCAAACCAUGUUUUGAUCGCUUAAAAAGGAGGGAAAAAAACAGUGACAACAAAAACAACCGGGUUGUUCAAACCUGGGUUAAGAUAAUCCAGGGUUAGUACGAAAUUUAAACUCAGAUAUAAAAACUAAAAAAAAACAAAUUCAGUCUUAUUCUUUUCGUCUACAAUUUGAUGAUUGGAUACGCUAAAGAGAAUAGCAAAACCUAUCCGAGGAAAUGCUUUUAAACAAAAGAAAAAGAAAGUCAGAUUAAAAUUUAACCCCAAGUUAGCGCUAAUCAGCCUUCGAACAACUGGGCCCCGGCGUUCGAAACAUCGAUUUUGAUUUUCCUACUGAAUUGAGGCAUAUAGUUUACUGGUGGAGGCUGAUGUUGUUAGCGUGAAACAGCUUUAGUCUCAAAAUAGUAAAACGUUACCUUCUGAUUUAUAAUCUAGAAGUAUCUUUCAGUUUUCACUUAGCAUUCUUACAAUUAAAUGUGAUUAAAAUGUUCACUGUACUGUGAAAACUGGUUUUUCCCUUACUUCUCGCUAUUUGCUUCGAGCUCCCAAUAACUGGAACUUUUUUCAAUUUCCCUCCGGGACUGAGUCGACUGCAGUAUCGACGAAGGGCGUGAUGGUCGAAAAAGACGUCGGUUUGACGGUGAUUUAAACUACAGUAAAACGGGCAACAAAAAACGUGAACUUGUUUGGCAACAUUGCUGGAGAACUAGUUGAAAAGCGAUGUUCCGCUUUUCACAACCCACGUUUGAAACUGUCUUACAAUAAAUAAAUAAGGUUGCAAGGUUUUUUUUGUUGGUGGUAAAACGUGCAACAUCGCUAUUGAACUCGUUUUGCGGUAAUGUUGCAAAACAAGUUGCAUGUUUUUUUUUCUGUUUCCUGUUUUAUUGUACCUUUAGUGUCCUGUGCAUGAUCGUGAAGCUCGGUUAUGAUUAUGUUCGACGCUAAGCGGGGGUCACAUUUUGAAUAACUGAAUUAAAGUUUAAAGGGAUUUUUGUCGAGAAUAAAAGAUCUUUGACAAUAGCAGUUACUGUUACUUUUAAAGCUCAAAAGGGUUUAACUCUUUUUUAUCAAGGACCAUGGAUGAUGGAGUUACAGCCGAACUGCUGUGGAAUUGCCCCGCUACUCCCACUUUUCAUAAGCCCGAUGCUAUUCGAGCCUCCUGGUUGGAUUCGUUCUUGAAAAGGAUGGGAUAUGAAAAGCUGGCUUGUACAGGUAAUGCUAAG